UGUCAAUCUAUGUUCGAAGUCUGCUCUUUGAUCGAGGCUAUUUCAUUGAUAUGUUCAGAGUGUCUCUUCUUCCUGCGCACUUACAUCAUGUGGAACUGCCAAAGGCGCAUUCUCUAUAUAAUUUUGUCCUUGAUCCUGAUCGGGCUCGUCCCACUCAUGGUUCUUAUUGCGAUAUUCGUCUUCACGGUGACAUUUGUGGCAUCACCCGUUUCGAGCCUCGACGGAUGCACUGCAGUCAAAGAGCCCUCCAACAUUCUUCCCAGUGCUUUCGUAAUCCUGCUUGUGGUUGAGCUAGCAAUAUCUGGUUUGAUUGGCAUACGCCUCAUACGAGACCGGCCACACCUCGGCCUUCUGAAGACUCUGAUGAGUGGUGGAGCGAUAUACUGUUUUUGCAUGACCCUAUUCUCGGUAGCAAAUCUGGUCACGGCAUCAGUUCCUGGAGUCACUAUGAACAUGUUGGAUAACUAUCAGGCUACCUUUCACUCCAUUCUGGCUUCUCGCCUACAGCUCAACCUGGCUAGCUCGCAAGAGCUGGACCUUCCGUGUACCGACACCAUAAUAUCAUCAUUACAGUUUCAGCGGCGUAGCAUGAACAGAACAGAGAGCUACGAACUUGAAAACAGAACGGAGGAGUCGUAAUCAGAGCACAUCCUUUAGUUGUAGGGUGUUUUUGUAUGCGUCCUUUUUCAUGGAUUUAAG